CUCCUCAAAUUUUGUUAGUUCUUACAGAAGAAAAAGGAAAUAACCAAAGUAUUUUGUUUAAACAGAAGAGAGAAAGUUGAAAAAUGAAAAUUCAUGUAAAAGUUGACAAGGAGUGGGAAGGCAAAGGAGAAAGCGUCUUGUUGAACAGAGCAACAAUCAGAAACAAAACAUGGCGCCACCAAUAUUAGCCGCGUGGCUUUGCAAUUUAUGAACAUUCAUAGACUUUUGUUUCGUUUUUCCGUGUGUGAAUCAAUCUCUCAUAAUUCCGCUUUUAAAUCUGACUUUUUUCAUUAAAUCCAAAAAGUGGCAUUUUGGCCUUCAAUCAAUGACCAGGUCCUCCAUUUUUCUUCACUCUGUUUCUUCUUCUUCUUCAUCAUCACCUAUAAAUUCCCACUCUAACACUACUCCUUCUUCAUCCUUCGAUAAGCACAACAAAACCCCACAAAGAUAAACAAAAAACAUCAAUGAUUCAAUCUCUCUUUUCUGAGUUCUAACAAAAAUUCCCUGUUUCAGAGACCUCGUCGGAAAACAUGAACACCAUGAUCAACACACCGAACCUUCAGUUCUGCCUAACGGAUGUUCCAACGGCUCUUUCGAAUUUGAUUCUAACAGGUGGAGGAAAUACAUUGGAUUCGAUCUUGUCUCACAGUGAGAGUUUGUCCUCUGUUACCGAUAGCAGAGAUUUUCAGCCGGCGGCGGGGUCGUCGGUGUAUCUCCAGCAGCGGGAAGUACUACAGAAAUUUUCUCAAGACAGGAAAUCAAAUGGGUCUCGGGAUUUGUUUUCAAGGGCGUACGAAUUGUUGUAUUCGAGAAGUGGCGCCGCCGUGAACGGUGGAGAGAGGAAGAUUUAUAGAGGAGUGCGACAGAGACAUUGGGGGAAAUGGGUGGCGGAGAUCCGGCUGCCACAGAAUCGGAUGAGGGUGUGGUUAGGAACUUACGAUUCGCCGGAGACAGCCGCCUAUGCAUACGACUGUGCCGCCUGUAAGCUCCGGGGGGAAUAUGCGCGGUUGAAUUUCCCGAAUCUUAAGGACCUGAAGACCGAUUUGAGCUCCGGCGAGUUUGCGAGGUUGAGUGAGUUGAAGAAAAUGGUGGACGCUAAGAUUCAAGCGAUUUUUCAGAAGAUUCGGAAGGGGAAAGGGAAGAAGAGUGUAAAGAAGAAGGAUUCUCAGAGAACCGGCGGCGAUUUGGGUUGGAUAUCUGGUUCAUGUUCUUCAUCGUCGUCCUCGGUGUCUCUGCCACCAGCAGCAGCGGAGUUGACAGAAGAGUGGAGUUGGGAAAAUGUGCAGCCGCCGGCCACGGCGGAAGAGGGUUUGUGGAACUUUGAAAACUCUCCUAAAGCCGUCUCUAUGGAUUGUGCGAUGGCGGGGUCGGAAACAGAGUGUUACUCAUUGGCGAAGAUGCCUUCUUUUGACGCGGACCUAAUCUGGCAAGUUCUUGCAAAUUAGAGAUUGUUAAUCUUAAAGUGGACAAACAAAAGAGGAAGUUUUUUUAAAAUGAUAUAAAUUUAGAUGUGGAAAGUCUUACUUUAGGAUACAAAAUUUUGGAUUUUGGUAUCAACCGACAGUUUUUUUUAGAUCUAACGUUGAAGUUAAGAGGAUUCAAACCUCUUACUUUUGAUUUGAGUGAGGUAUAUGUAAUAUAUGCCUAAACUUUAAUUUGGUUGAUUGUAACGAGUAUGUGUUAUUAACGUUAAUGUAUAUUUGGAGUUUGUUAAUAUACCAAAAAUUUUUCGAUUUACA